UGCAAGCGUUGGGCCUCGCUGGACUACUCUCCACAUGCACCAAAGACAAAAAAUAUGACUCUGUAUCUUUCCAUGUUAUAGCGUAAGAUUCGUUCUCAUUUUGCACAUUUGGAGAGUAGUGCACCGAGGCCCGUUGUCAAGGCGGGUCGGCUGAGCUGCAUCCCGGACGGACCAGCUGGACUCCAGUUCUCGCCAGCUGGAUUACACUGUGUUCCAGCUGGUCCCACGGGAACUGGACUGCGUUCCCGCUAUUGCAGGUGGUUUAUUUUUUUAUUUUUAUUUUUUUAGCAAGUUGCCACUCUGAUGACUCCCUUGAGCCGUGUGGCGGCCAGGCCUCAUCCGGACCUGCUGAUGGGGAUCGCGAUGGCGAGAGCGGGGUCGGGGGCGCCGAUUGCAGUCCGUCUGGGUAAGCAGCUGAUCGUCGACGCCUCUCCCCUCCAGACACGUGUCCAGCACCACCGAGAGGCGAUGCCGAUCCCGAUCCAACGGCUGACGUGGCACGACGGAGAACAGGCGUGUUGCCGAGCGUCGAUUGCGAUCUCGGCGAGGAUCUCGGUCCCGAGCCCUGUCCUUCCGACGCCGAAGGCAACGAACUCUCACGUCCCGCUUCGUCGUGUUGAUGCGUACUGCCUUGCGUCGGGUUACGGAGACCGGGGUGUCGCGACCCAUCAUCCUCGCGAGAUUCACCCACCCCCGCAGCAUGAGCAGUCGAUUGCGCAGAGGAGGAAGCUGGGGCUGCCGCUGGAGACGAAGCAUUCGGGAACUGUCAUCUUUAGGACAAAAAAGGGCGGGAAAGGGAGCAUUGGCCAAUCUCCCGCCAAUCAAGCGCAGCAACUCUUGGGCGCCACGAGAGCCAGCUCGGGAUGUCUUCAUGGAUGCACCUGGUCGCGAUCCACGUGGAGGUUUGGUUCGUACUCGGUGAGGAGAAACAAUGCUGCGGCCCCGGUGCAUGGCUCGUGCUGGCAAGGUUCCCUCCUUUCUCCUUCUCCAUCCUCGUCGUUCUCAUCUUGGACGCCAUCGCCAUGGCCGUCGGACAAGCUCAGAGAUCGACACGUGGCUUGCGGCGGAUCGUUGCGUCGUGGUAGGAUUGAGGAGGAGCACGGGACGGCGAAUAUGAAUGUGGGUUCGGUCGCAACGUGUAUGACGCCAGGCCAGGAUUUUCAUCAGGUCGAGCAUCGUCAUUCCUCGGGAGGCCUUGCAGGCGAAGGGAGUAAUCACCAUACGACGGCGGAUUUCGGUAAUGAUAGAGUGGAAAGUGAAUCUCUGGAGCAAACAAGCCACCAUCUCUCUGAUGCACGGGAGUCCUGCGAUCGGUCAAACACCACUGCAAGAGUGGGUUGCAAUCGAAUGCCGAAGGUUCUGGCAGUGAUUGGCGGCGGAGCCGCGGGAAUUUUUGGCGCAUUGCGCGCCAAGGACCUUUGCCGCUCCCUACAGGUUGCUGUUUUCGAGAAAACAGCUCCGUUGUCUAAAGUGCGAAUAUCUGGUGGAGGGCGAUGCAAUGUGACGACAGGGCUCUACGUUGAUGCUUUGGGUUUGGCUGCACAGUAUCCAAGGGGUAAUCGGGAGCUAAAGGGUGCGUAUUUUCGUACUCAUGGUCCACUUGAUACAGUGGAGUGGUUUGAGAAGCGAGGAGUUGCCCUCAAGACAGAAGAGGAUGGGAGGAUGUUUCCUGUGAGCAACAGCUCAUCGACCAUCGUGGACUGUCUUCUGAAUGAGGCCGCUCGUCUUCAAG